AUGUCCACCAUCUUCUACGCCGUUCAGUGCUGCCAAUGCUUCACCAUGCAGGUGAAGCAGAGGAAGACGAGCAGUAAGAACAACAAGUGGACAUGUGUGGUCUGCAAUCAGAAGCAGUCUGCACGCAAGGUGUUCGCUGAAAGUCCCAUGGCCCGGGACCUUCGCCCCUUCGUCCAAUCCUCCAACAUGGCCAGCCAAUUCACCCACCAAGAUCAAAAACUACACCACCACGAGGAGCAUGCCUUUUUUUAUGAUGUUCAUCAGUGCGGUGCCCAAAAGAAAAGGCGAACCGAUUGUACCGAGUAUCUGGAUGGGGAGGCCGGUCAGCGUGGUGAUACAAAGCAAGAAGAUGAUGAAAGUGGUGGUUAUGAGCCCCAAGUUGUAACCGAGUUGCCGCCGGAGUUGUUAGAGAAACCAAAGAAAAAUAGAUGUUUUGAUGCUUCUGGGUCUGGGGAUAAAGAAAAUGGGGGUCCGUAUGAGCUUCAGAAUCGCAGACCGGUAAUGUCUGUGAGGAAUUCCAACAAACAUGUGCUCUCCCCAGAAGAUCUGGAGGACUGGAGGUGCGAGUUGACAAUGAACAAGAACACUUCGGAUUGCAGCCUUCUCAUGUUACAAGAAAAUAAGGAGUCAAGAUCACUGCAAGUGACAAAUGCUACACUUACAGGUGCUUCGAAGUGGAAUGAUUACGUAAGCAAAGAUGAUAAUGAUGGCUUGGAUUCAAAGUGGAAUGAUUACGUAACCAAAGAUGACUAA